GUGUGUACAAAUUGCAUCUUCAAAAAGGAAAAACUUUUGGCUUUUCCAAAAAUAACUGACCAACGGGUGAAGUACACUUGCUGGAAAGGAAGACUGAUGGGAAAAAAGAAAAAAAAAAAAAAAAAAAAGAAAAACAUUGUGCUUCCUCCAUUUGUGCCGCUUCAAACUCUCCAACACAGGAUAAGCAGUACCCCCCCCGUCGCAUCAUCGUUGGCACUUUGGUUAGCCUCCCCUCCGACUGCACACAACCGCAUCGGGCAGCGGCAGAACCUACCCCGUUGGCAUCACCGCUAACAUCAUCACCGCUAACAUCACCACCGCUAACAUCACCACCGCUAACAUCACCACCGCCAACAACACCUGCGCAAAAUGCACCUCCAAAUCGUGUGCCUAACCGACGAAGUGCGGGAGAUGUACAAGCACCACAAGACGCACCACGAGGGAGACAGUGGCCUGGAUCUGUUCAUAAUAAAGGAUGAAAUUCUCAAGCCCAAGUCUACCACCUUUGUAAAGUUGGGGAUCAAGGCCAUAGCCCUCCAGUACAAGAGCAGCUACUACCACAAGAGUGAAGCGAAUGCAAAUGCGAAUGCAAAUGCAAAUGGAAAAGAUGCACCCGUCGGUAUGGGAGGGGUCAACGCGAAGGAGAGCUGUGCCCCCCAUCAAAAGAACCCAGAGAUCGUCAACACGAGUUACCUUUUAUUUCCUCGGAGCAGCAUUUCGAAGACUCCCCUCCGGUUAGCCAAUUCUAUAGGCCUAAUAGAUGCAGGUUACCGAGGGGAACUAAUCGCUGCCUUGGACAAUACAAGUGAAGAAGAAUAUCUUAUUAAAAAAAAUGACAAAUUAGUGCAGCUUGUUUCCUUUACGGGGGAGCCCCUCUCCUUUGAGUUGGUCGACGAGUUGGAUGAGACGUCUAGGGGAGAGGGCGGCUUCGGUUCGACCUCCAACAAGUAG